AUGCCGGGGUCACAGCACACAGCGGAGCUCCUUUCGGGGUUGAAAUCCUGCGGGAGCUCCAAGGAUUUAGAGAAGGGAAGGGUGCUCCACGAUCGCGCCAUCCAGAGCGGGGUUUGCUCCAAUCUCUACGUUUCUUGCAGCUUGAUCGGCAUGUAUGGGAGGUGUGGCAGCCUGGUUGAGGCGAGGAGGGUGUUUGACAGGAUGCCUUGCCACAAUGUAGUGGCCUGGAACGCUUUCAUCUUGGAACACGCAGAGAAUGGCGAAGAAUCUCGUGCUCUGGAAGCCUUCUCAUGGAUGGAAAGCCAGGGUUGCGCACCGGAUUCCGGGACAUUCUUUGCAGCGAUCAAGGCUUGCUCUGCUCUAGCGGUCAGAGAAGAAGCGAGACUCAUCGGUGGGAAGAUGAUCAAGCUGGAAGCUCUGGAACAAGGCAUGAGAAUCCACUCUCGAGCUAAGAGAAGCGGCAAAGAUGAUCACGUAGCGAGCUCGCUGGUGGAAAUGUACGCAUACUGUGGAAGAAUGGUGGAAGCAUGCAUGGUUUUCUAUAGAAGCUCCCGGCACAGUGUCAUCUCGUGGACUGUUCUAGUGCUCGGGUACGUAGCAAACGGGGAGAGUGAGCUAGCACUCGAGGUUUUUGGCAGUAUGGGAGCUGGAGAGAUCAAGCCGGAUGGUCGAUGCUUUGGCGCAGCAGUGAAAGCUUGCUCCGAUUUGGCUGGGAGAGAAAAGUGGGGAGAAGCUUUGGAUGGAACGGCUGUAAAAGUUAGCGCUCUGGGAAAAGGGAGAGGAAUCCAUCGCCAAGCGAGACGAGUGCUGGAUGUUUUCCUGGGAAAUGCUCUGGUGGAUAUGUUUGCGAAGUGUAGGAGCAUGGCUGAUGCCCGAGGAGUUUUCGACAGGAUGCCUUCCCACAAUGUGGUCUCGUGGAACACGCUACUGGUGGGAUACGUAGACAAUGGAGAAGCAGAGCUGGCGCUGGAAAGCAGCGGAUUCCUUGACGUUUGUCGCAGGUUUGAAGGCCUGCAUUGGAUUAGCAGCGAAAGAAGAAGCCACAAGCUUUGA